AAGAGAUAUAAGCAGCUCCUGGUCAGACAACACAUUUCAAACAGAAACCAACUUCCUCUGGAAGCUCUCUUCACUGUUGACUUCUCCCUCCAAUGGCCCGAAACAAGGAAUCGUUGCUUUUGCUGCUUGAUGUGGGUCCUUCAAUGCACAAUGUUCUUCCUGAUGUUGAGAAAGCCUGUUCCAUGCUGAUUGUUAAAAAGUUGAUGCAUGGCAAAUAUGACGAAGCUGGAAUUGUCUUAUUUGGAACAACAGAAACUGACAACGAACUUACUACGGAAGUUGGGGGUUAUGAACAUGUGAUGGUUUUAAAAAAUAUCAAGGUUGUUGAUGGAGAUAUUGUUGACGCAUUGCAGCAACUGCCUAGGGGAACUGCUAAUGGUGAUUUUCUUGAUGCUAUAAUUGUUGGCAUGGAUAUGCUGAUAAAAAAAUUUGGAGACACUAACACAGGAAAGAAACGUCUUUGUCUUAUUACUAAUGCACUUUGUCCAAUAAAAGAUCCGUUUGAAGGAACAAAGGAAGAUCAAGUUUCCACUAUUGCUAAACAAAUGACUGCUUAUGGCAUGAGAAUGGAAAGCAUAAUUGUGAGAGGAAAGCAUGUUCAUGCUGUAAAUAAGAGAAUAAUGGAUGAGAAUGAUAGUCUGUUAAGUAUUUUUUCUAAGGAAACAGAUGCCAGACUGCUAUAUGUGGAGGAUUCAGUUUCACUAUUUGGUGCUCUUAGAGCUCGAAAUAUAUCUCUGGUUACAGUUUUCAGAGGGGAUCUUGAAGUCAGCCCUAAAUUGAGGAUUAAGGUAUGGGUGUACAAGAAAACAGCAGAAGAGAAGUUUCCAACCCUGAAGAAAUAUUCUGACAAGGCGCCUACAAAGGAUUUGUCUGCUACACAUGAAGUCAAGGUGGAUUUUGAGUACAAAAAAUCCGAAGAUUCUAAAGAUGUUGUUCCACCAGAUCAAAGAAUUAAAGGUUAUUCUUAUGGGCCUCAAGUAGUUCCUAUAUCCUCUGUUGAAUGGGAGGCUGUAAAGUUUAAACCAGAGAAGGGUGUUAAGCUUCUAGGAUUUACUGAUUCUUCAAACAUAUUUAGACAUCAUUACAUGAAAGAUGUUUUCAUUUUCAUAGCUGAACCAGGAAAUAAAAAGGCUACUCUCACGGUUUCUGCACUAGCAAGGGCCAUGAAGGAAAUGAAUAAGGUAGCAAUACUACGCUGUGUUUGGAGACAUGGACAGGGGAAUGUCACCAUUGGGGUCUUGACACCCAAUGUAUCUGACAGAGAAGAUAUUAUGGAUUCCUUUUACUUAAAUGUACUUCCUUUUGCUGAGGAUGUGCGAGAGUUUCAAUUCCCUUCUUUUAGUAAGUUACCAGCAUAUUUGCAGCCAAAUCAACAGCAGCUAGAGGCAAGUGAUAACUUGGUGAAAAUGUUUGACCUUGCACCAGAUGGUGAAGAGAAAGUUUUGCUUCCUGAAUUCACGCCAAACCCAAUCCUGGAGCGUUUGUAUCAUUACCUUGAUCUUAAGUCAAAGCAUCCAGAUGCUGCUGUACCCCCUCUUGAUAACACACUCAAGAAAAUAACAGUACCUGAUGCGGACCUACUUACGCAAAACAAAUCUGUGAUUGAUACACUUCGUAUGUCUUUUGAGCUCAAGGAAAACCCCAAACGAAAAAAAUCAAGAAACUUGCUGCAGGAAAAAGGAUCUCAUUAUUGUGAAGGAGAGGAUAAAAUAAAGGUUACUGCUCUGCCUGUUGAUCUCGUUGAACAUGCACCCAAUGUUAAAGUUGAGAAAAUUGGAGAUAUAACUCCAGUCCAAGAUUUUGAAGCCAUGUUAUCUCGUAGAGAUAGUCCAGAUUGGGUUGAUAAAGCAAUUAAGGGAAUGAGUAAUAAAAUAUUUGAUCUGGUAGAGGAUUCCCAUAAAGGUGAUAAUUAUCCUAAAGCACUGGAAUAUUUAAUAGCACUUCGCAAGGGCUGCAUCCUUGUGCAGGAACCUGAACUGUUCAACAAAUUUCUCCGGCAUCUUUGCAAUUUCUGUCAGGAGAAAGAUCUCAGGAGUUUCUGCGACUAUCUUGUUUCUGGAGGAGUCACCUUGAUCUCCAAAGCAGAAGCUGUAGACAGCGAAGCUACUGAUGAUGAGGCUAGAAGCUUCUUAGUAAAGUCUGAGCCAGUAGUCUUUUGAGGUUAAACAUCGCAAUUUAUGCGCUGGAAUAUCUGAGCCUUGUCAACAACUGCGCACGUUUUGUUGGGUAAAUAGGACAUGAUAAGCUAGAGAGAACUAGGACUUAAUCAGUUUGGAGUUGUGUGUGGUCAAUCCCUCUCAUGAAGUCUUAUUUAUAGGGAAAAAAUAUAGUGCGAGUUUGUUUAAGUGUUGACCUUAAGUACAAUGGACCUAAACAUUAAUGAAUUUAUACUCCAUUUUGUACAGCAUUUAUUGUUGAUAUCAUGUAGGUUGGACACACUGGAUAUAAAAUUGUUUCACGCUUGCAUGUAUUGUGUAGUAGGAAAAUGCUAUUGAGAAUAUGCCAUGGAGGAAUGAAUCCGGGAUAGGCAUGGCUUCUUGGGCUGGACUAUGGUGAGUUGUCCAUUUAUUAUAUUAACCAAGAGACAGGAGUUUAUGAUCCUU